CUGUGACAUAUAGUAAUGAGUUAAAUUCAUCGAAUGAAUUGUAACAACAUUUCAAUGUCGUGUUUUUCCGAACAAAAUGAAUACGACUGAAGCACAUAAAGAACUGGUCAGUGGUGUCCUAAUUACAGUGAGCUUCUGGAUCCGGCUGGAUCUCGGUGGUUUGUUGGAGCGGUAAUAACCUUCUGGAUCUCUAAAGGAGCUUUUAUUUUUGGGUCCUGACAUUCUCCGUCCUGUGGUGUGUGUCCGGGGUUUCGGUAAGCUCAGGUCCUCAGCUCAUGGACUGACUUGCACGCAGAGCUAGAGAUGCUUCAAAGGUUGUAACCCACGUUCCUCAGGUAAUCUGUGAAGUAGCCAUGGCAAAAGAAGACGAGAUUCCUGACUGGGCAGCAGCUCAGGACUUCUAUGACAAAUAUGAUCCAAAAGAGGUUCUUGGAAGGGGGGUGAGCAGCGUGGUCCGCCGCUGUGUGAAUAAACGCACGACCCAGGAGUAUGCAGUCAAGAUCAUAGACAUAACCCCGUCCGACAAAAUGACCAGUCAAGAAAUAGAAGAGGUCAGGAACGCAACCUUGAAGGAGAUCGAUAUCCUCAAGAAAGUGUGUGGACAAGAAAACAUCAUCCAGCUGAAGGAUUCCUAUGAAACCAAGGCCUUCUUCUUCUUGGUCUUUGACCUGAUGAAGAAAGGAGAGCUUUUUGAUUACCUCACUGAGAAGGUUACGCUAAGUGAGAAGGAGACCAGGAAGAUUAUGCGUGCUCUUCUGGAAGUGGUCCGGUAUCUCCACUCCCAGAACAUUCUCCACCGAGACCUGAAGCCAGAGAACAUCCUCUUAGACGACAACAUGAACAUCAAACUAACUGAUUUUGGCUUUGCAAUCCAGAUUGCACCAGGACAGAAACUGCAUGAGGUAUGUGGAACCCCAGGUUAUCUGGCCCCAGAGAUCAUUGAAUGUUCUAUGGACCCUCAUCAUUCAGGAUACGGACCAGCGGUGGACAUCUGGAGUGCAGGCGUCAUCAUGUACACCCUGCUGGCUGGAUCUCCUCCCUUCUGGCACAGAAAACAAAUGCUCAUGCUUCGCAUGAUCCUGGCUGGGAACUACCAGUUCAUGUCCCCAGAGUGGGAUGACCGCUCCGACACCGUCAAAGACCUGAUCUCCAGGAUGCUAGUGGUGAAUCCUGAGCAUCGCUGUACUGCAGUCGAGGCACUGAACCAUCCGUUCUUCCAGCAGUACGUCAUCGCUGAAGUUCGCCACUUCAGCCCAUACAAGAGGUUCAAGGUGCUCUGUGUGACGGUUGUCGCUGCAAUGCGCAUUUACUGCAACUAUCGGCGGGCGAAGCCUGUCACCAAGGAGGUAGUGAAGAGUGACCCAUAUGCAGUGAAGCCCAUCCGCAAGCUGAUCGACGCCUGCGCCUUCAAGAUCUACGGCCACUGGGUGAAGAAGGGCCAGACGCAGAACAGAGCUGCACUGUUCGAGAAUAGCCCAAAGGCCAUUCUACUCUCACUCGCCGCUGAGGCUGACGAUGGGUCGCAGAGGACGUGGUAGAGGACG